AGUGGAGUACGAUGAUGUCCCUAUUUUGUCGAGGAAGUAAGUAUCACGAUGUUUGAAGAAAACUUGUAGCGUGAGUCCACUCCUACCUUUCUUCACUCGGUUCUUUUCUUUCAACUUUCUCCUUAUUCUUAUUCUCUGCCCUUUCCGAUCCUAUCCAAUAAAAACAAUAACUGCAACCCUUUCUUCUUCUUCUUCUUUGACUUCAACAUAAAUAAAAUGAAGGGUUUUGAUUCUGUAACCGAUCCGAAGAAUAGAUUCUUCCUAUGGACCAUCCUUGUUCUAGUCUCCUUGAUUUGCGCAGCUUAUUUCCUUGGUAAUGGAUUAUCUCAAAACGAAUACAAACAAAGAUUCGCAAGAUGGGGACUCAUUUAUUCAACACCGAUUACAAAGUCAAAUGCAUGCAAGACACCAUGCCGUCAUCCUUCUGGAACUCAUUCCUUGCCUCAUGGAAUUCUUGCUACAACAUCUGACUUGGAAACAAGGCCCUUAUGGGCCUCUGCUGCUCCUAACAACAGAAAUUCAAAACAUCCACUGAAUUUGUUGGCUAUUCCAGUAGGAAUUAAGCAGAGACAAGUUGUAGAUAAAAUCGUCAAAAAGUUCCCUUCAAGUGAUUUUGUUGUCAUGCUUUUUCAUUAUGAUGGUUUUGUCGAUGGAUGGAAGGAUUUGGCUUGGAGCAGCCGAGCCAUACAUGUGUCUGCUAUAAAUCAAACUAAAUGGUGGUUCGCAAAAAGAUUUUUGCAUCCAGACAUAGUUGCCGACUACAAUUAUAUAUUUCUCUGGGAUGAGGACCUACUUGUCGAUAAUUUUGAUCCGAAAAGGUAUAUAGAUAUUGUUAAAGAAGAAGGGCUAGAGAUAUCACAGCCUGCACUGGAUCCUGGUAAAUCAGAAAUCUAUCAUCCACUCACAGCUCGUAUACAAGGAUCCAAAGCCCACAGAAGGUAUUAUAAGACCAAAGGUAGCGGAAGGUGUGAUGACAGUAGCACCGCUCCUCCUUGCGUAGGGUGGGUGGAAAUGAUGGCACCGGUGUUUUCUAAAAAAGCUUGGCCAUGUGUAUGGCAUAUGAUCCAGAAUGACUUAAUCCACGCCUGGGGACUGGAUAGACAGUUCGGUUACUGUGCACAGGGCGAUAGAAUGAAAAACAUCGGUGUGGUGGAUGCUGAGUACAUAGUUCAUCUUGGCCUGCCCACUCUUGGGGGAUCUAAUGGCAAUGAGACGUUGGCAAAUUCCCAUAGAGAUGAAAGUGAUAGACCUAAAGUGAGAAUGCAGUCAUACAUUGAAAUGCAGAUAUUUGCGAAAAGAUGGAAAGAUGCAGCAAACAAGGAUCAAUGUUGGAUUGAUCCAUAUCAAGAACAAGCAAAUUAGUCGGUGAAGUUUGUGUUCAAUUUUUUCAAAGUGGGGCAAGUGAGAUAGAGCAUAUCAGAUUUUGAUGAUGUGUGAAGAAGUAUUGUACCUUCCUUUAGUGAUUUAAGUAAUUAUUUCAUUCUUCCCUUAUAUAUAUAGGUGUACAUAAGGGUGGUAUAGGAGGAGUGACAGAAAAAGUUUUAGUCCAUAGUUAUUUUUUGGCCCUUGUGUAGAUGAUAGGUUACAUGACCAAAAUAUUAUAACGUUGUUAUUAUUGAAAUUGGGAUGAUUAAGAUUUUCUGAGCUCUAAAUGUUGGUUCUAUUGAGUUGAAAUGAUAUGUGUGAUGUAGAGAAUGCAAUGCAAAAAAAGAUAAAUAAAAUGGUGUAUUAA